AACCCGGCGCAACCCAUACAGGGGAGGGCAGAGGAGCUCAGGAGGGCUACAAGUGCCUUCUCGGGUUAUUGAAGGACUUCCAGCAAGCUGAGGAGGACAGAGAAGCUCCAAGACUACAAGACUCAGAGAGGGGGAAGGAAGAAGAGGAAGGAGAAGAAGAGAUUCCAGGAAGAUGACAGUUAUGAGGCUGCUUGGGGACAUCUGAAGAGCUCCCAUGGAGCUCCACCACCUUGCUAAGAAGAGGGGGCAGGCAGACCAGUGCAAUAGUCUGGACUGGAGUUUGGGGGCUCCUUCCUGUGACCAUCAGCAGUUUAGAGGAGAUGUAAAGUUGGCUGCAGCAGCAACCAGAGCUGCUCUCUGCUGCCAGAAGCACUGCAAAUCAACACAAAGGGUUAUAGAAACUAAUGAAAGUAGCCCUUCUCCUACAUUUGACUUCCUCCCUCAGAAAGAUAGCAUUCAGGCAGAUGGUCCCCCAUCAGGACCUCUCAAGGCAGAAAAAGAGACAAUAACAGUUGAAGAGAAGAUCUGUCACUGCUAUGCCCAGGAACUUGAAACCUCUUUUACCUAUGUUGAUGAAAAUGUUAACCUGGAACAUUGUACUGGCAGUCAUUCUCCAGGAAAGGAUGACCACCACCAAAGAGAUCCUGACUGGGAGAACCCAAAUGAAUGGUCUCAUGAGGCUGCCAUGUCCCUGAUAUCUGAAGAAGAUGACACUGGUUCUGAAGCCACUGCUUCAGGGAAGUCGACAGACUAUGGUUUCAUUAGUGCCAUCUUGUUCUUAGUCACUGGGAUCUUAUUGGUAAUCAUCUCCUAUUUAGUCCCCAGGGAAGUGACUGUGGAUCCCAAUACCAUCGCGGCCCGGGAGAUGGAACGUUUAGAGAAUGAGAGUGCCAGGAUUGGGGCCCACCUAGAUCGCUGUGUGAUAGCUGGUCUCUGUCUCCUUACUCUGGGUGGAGUGGUUCUGUCCUGUUUGCUGAUGAUGUCCAUGUGGAAGGGCGAGCUAUACCGGAGGAAUAGGUUUGCCUCUUCCAAAGAGUCUGCAAAACUCUAUGGUUCUUUUAAUUUUAGAAUGAAAGCUGGCACCAAUGACAACACAUUAGAGUUAUCCUUAGUGGAAGAAGAUGUCCUCACUGUUGAUAGUUAAUUGUGGCUAUGCGUUUUCUUGUUAAAAAAUGGCACAGGAGAAAUUCCAAUUACAUUAAACAAAAUGAAGUAAGUGAUGGUCUACAGGUUAAGUGUCUGCCCUAGGAUUCCUCCAAGAAAAAAAAGCAAGCACCCUUUAUUAAACAUCGCUUAACACUUAAUGAUGAUUUAUUUGUUUGACAAGAAAAUCUUAUUUCUUUUUUAAAAAAUCAUAUUUCUUAAUACCCACAGAGUAUUUUCUUUGUGGAAAUGUUUUUCUCCAUAAUAAAAGAUAUAUUGGGGUCAAUUGAAGAAACUCAGCCGGUAACACUUUAUGAUUUAAAUUAUUGAUACACAAAUUGAAUAAUAAUGAAGUAGUGAUUAGCAUCUAAUCUAUUUCUACUUAUAUUAUUCAAAGAAGAAACAUUUCAAGAAAAAUGAUUUAAUUUUUAUUUCCCUAAUAAUGAAUACUAUUAUUCCACCCCUCAGGAUGCUCAUCUUUACUGCGUAUAUAUGUAGAUUAUUAACAAUUUGCUUUGUAAUAAAGAUGAUGAGAAGUAGCUAAGUAGAAAAUAGUGCAGUACAGUGGACCAAAAACUGUACUUGGAGUCUGGAAAUCCUGGGUUCAGAUCUUACCUUGACACUAGCUAUGUGACCCUGGGCAAAUAUCUCAACCUCUUAGCUUCAAUUUAUUCAGCUACAAAUGAGGGACAAUAAUAGCACCUACCUCACAGGGUUGUUGUGAGGAUCAAGUGAGAUAAUUUAUGUAAAGUGCUUUGUAAAACCUAAAAGUGCUACAGAAUUGUGAGCUCUUAUUAUUAUGAAUUAGUAAUACUUGACUUUUCAUUUCCUUAAUCUUUUUCAUUCUUCUCAAUAACAUUACCCACUCUGUUCAUUGACCAACCAAAAAUAUUAGCGUUUUGAGUUUGAAAUUUUUUUGAACCAUCUCCAGAUUAAGAAGGGAUAUCUAACCAGUUGAAAUUAUUUACUCUGCAAAAAUAAAGUUUAGAGAAAAAGAGCAAAGUUGCCAGGAUAUAGUUGUUAUUGUCUUCCAGCAGUUUGAAUUUCAUUCAGCCCUGUAGGGUUAGCACCAUGGCAAUGUCUUAUAUAUGUUCAGUGACUGAAGUUGGUGAUUGUGUUUUAGUUUCCAAUGUAUGAUUUUGCCAUCAUAGUGAUUAGUAUUGCUCCAUAACCUGUUGUUAGUGAGACUAGGAAAGAAUGCAAGCAUUAGACAUCUCCAUUUUCUUUCCUGAGGCAUGCAAACAUCCAGAUGUUAACUUGGGCACUGACUGACUUGGGGACACUUAAAAAUGACAAUUUUAAAAAUUGAAAUUUGGCAAAAUUGAAAAUUUGAAAAAUUCACAUCCCUUCAUAACCAGGUUUAUAUCUCUUGGCUGAACCUACUCCAGCAUACAUUCACACACUCACUUUCAAUGUCCAGAACUUCUUGUAUGAUGAUCCUAUUGCUUCCAUGAGACUCCUCAUGGUUUAGUCCACCGCCAUCAUAUGUUGCCAACAGCUGCCUACCAUAUUCCAUCAAGCCCAAGCUAAGAACCUUAGGGUUGGAGCAGUCCUUAAGGUAGCAAAUGGCAAUAAUUUAAAAAAUUUAUUCUGAAAAAUCUUUGAUUCCCACUGGUCUUUGCAGCUCACUCUUGCCAUCAGAAUUGAAUCCUAUCCCCAGUGUCAGCCCUUGGAGACUUUCCUUAAUCCAUAUGUCCACUAGCCAUGCUCCAUCUUGUAUGGGUGUCAAAGCUUUUAUCUUUGCAAGCCUUACUACUUUCUUUGCAUUCAGAAAGCAUUAGUUAUGGACCCAUCCCCACUUCUUGCUCAGACAACCACAGGGACACAUGAUCAUACAGGUGAUAUUUGACCAGAAUGGGAUGAGGAGGGUUGUAUUCUGAUCAGAAAGUUCUCCUAACAAACCCUCUUUGAAUUACUUAGCCCAGGUCCAAUAUUCAUCCAUUGCUUGUAGUAGAAGUAGUCCCCAUCUUUCAUCUUCCAGGAGAGCUUCCAUCUUAAAUUUCAUCACUUAAACUUGAAAGUGCCAAUAAGGCCAUUCCCCAAACAAUUUUGUGCUAUGUGGUGAAUUCAGUGGUCUUGGUGGCUUGUAGCUGCAAAAGAUAUGGGUGAUGGUGACUCCAUGUGUGACUGAGUAUUUUGAAUGUCUAUGUGUGUCUGUGAUUUCAAAAAAUAUGUAUGUUGGAGUAGGAAAGGAAGAUAUGGUAUAUGUAUAUAAUAUAUACUAUAUAAGUGUGUAAUGUAGAAGUAGAAAUUUGAAAUGCACAAAAGAAAGAUCUAAGGAAAAAGGGGAAAGAGAAACCAGAAUGUGAGGGAUCAAUAAAGAAUAAAACAAUAUGGAAAGAAUAAAUAACUGCAAAUAUGGCCCCAUAAAGGUAGUUGUAUCCAAAUCUGAAUGUUAUUCAGGUCAGCAGUGAGUGUUCUACUUCAGAAAAAGACACUGAAAUACAGAAAAAAAAAUGAUCUUUGUUUUUUGAGCCUUGCUGGUUCUGUGCUUUGUAAGUUCAUCUUCCUAAUGAAUUUAAUGUCAUGAGAUUUGGGUUAAAGCCUUUUUCUUUGACUGCACAAGAUACAUAUCCAGGGUUAUUUUUACAGGCUAUAAAUGGCUUAGCUUUGUUGAAGACAGUGAAAAUUCUGUUGAUAAAGAGAAGGAAACUGUACAGUUUUUCUCUGUUCUUUUUCUAAUCACAUGCUUAUUUAAGUAAAGUGUGGAUCAACUGAUUUCUUGUGACCAAUUUUUUUUUCAAUAGAAAAAAGAAGUUUGUUUAAAGUGCUAUCUAGAAAAAGUUAAUCUCCAUGAGGCCAAAAUUUCAUCUUAGGAGGUCAAGAAUCAGGCCUUUAAUGGUUCCCAGGAGCCUUUUUAAUGCCUGUACAAGUUCAUAUCCCCAAAGGUCAAACUUUUGAUUAAUCUUGACAUUAUUGCCAAAUCAGAUUAUAUCAAAUUUGUAAAUAAAGACAAAGGGGAUUUUUAAAAACCCUCAAAUCACAGAAAGAAAAAAAAAUUCAGAACAAGUGAAAUAAUUGUCUAGCUAAUUCCCUGCUAGGUGGUGGAGAUAAGAAGACAAUGCAAAAGUACUUGUUCUCCUCAAGGUAUCAUCUAAUUUGGAGUUUCCAAACUUUUUGGUCUAAUUUAAACUCUUAAACAUUGUUGAAGAUACCACAUAGAGCUAUUGUUUAUGUGAGGUGAUAUUUACUGUAUGAGAAAUUUAACUGUUUUCAUAUUUUGAUAAAAGUGGUUUUGACCUCACAGAUCUCCUAAAAAGGUCUCAGGGACUUCCAGGAUUCUGAGAAUUUCGAUCUAGUCUAACUCAGUUAUUUUCGAAUGAGAAACUGAAGCCCAGUGAAAUUCUGACUUCCCCAAGGUUUCCUCUUCACCUAGCACUUUUAAAACAAAACAUUUCCCCAAUAAAUUUUUUUUUCAUUUCAACUAUAUAAUUUUUACACUUGCCUGUGAAUAAGACAUGUCUGCAUAAAAGACAUUUUGUUUCUAUCCAGAAAUCUGGUAUUUCAGGACUUGUUUGCAAAAUGUCAAAACAUCUGGGAAGAAAGUGACAAGUUCAGUCAAUCACGGGUAUUAGUAUUAUGUUCAUAAAACAUACAUUUGGAUAAUUUAAUGAUUUUUUUACUUUUCUAGGUAUUUCUGUAUAUCUAUAACCUCAGUUUUGAUCACAAAAAGGCGACAGGAAGUAUACUUAAAGUCCAUCAAUAAGCAUUUUUUUAGUAUAUCCUUUGUGCCAGACAUUAUGCUAAGUGUUAGGGAUUCAAAUGUGAAAAGGAAAGACACUCACUGCUCUUGAGAAGCUCACAAUCAAAGUAAAAACUCUACUAGCUUCUUAUGUCAAUAUUCCAGGUCACUGAUGAAAAAGACUCCUUUAAAACUACAUUUUGCUUAAAAGUACUUUGGCCAAAGCAGGUAAAAGAUAAGGUCAUUACAUAGGCAAACAACUAUUAUUUUGGUCCUAGAUCUUUUAUAGAUAGUUAAGAAUUUACUAUUUGUCUCUGUCAUUAUAGCAAUUAUUAUUUGUUUGGUUUGUAUUUCUAGCCAGGAAGGCACAAUUCCCCACAAUGCUAUUCUCUGAUUCCAGACUUUCAGAAAACAGAUGUCCAAGACAUUGUUCCAUCUUAAAGAGAUAGCAGCAUUUACUUCAUCAACACAGCCUAAAAACAGUAUGUUAACCAAAGGAAUCCAAAGGGAAUAUUAUUUUUCUUUGUUAUUGCUGGGAACUAAUUCUACUGAUGGAUAUUUUAAACCUAUUGUUAGUGCCCUAGCAGAGACAAAGAAUUUCUAUGGAUUUAAUUUCCUGUGUGCAAAUUUAAGAACUAUAAUUCUUAAAAAUUCCUAACAAUGCAAUGCAGAAGACAUUGUAUUUUCCAGGAAAAGGUGCAGUAUUUUUCAUUGGAAUAACAAUGUCAAUAAAAUCAAAUAUUCUAUAAACUCUGAGUAUAAACUCAAGAAAUUUUGAACUGAUGAAGUAUAUGCCAUCUCAUAAAAUUUCCAGGUACUGAGAUUCUUUGUUUUGGGCUACCCCCUUAUUCCAUUGGCAUUAAAUAAAGACAUACUUAGUGGCUGAGUCUGUAUUUGUUUUCCAUAUGCUACUUUUACUUUCUGUCAGCAACAGAUUGACUGUUCCUAACCCUUUCUUCUCCCUUCCUUGCCUUCAUACACUAAUCUAAUAGGAUUUUGUGAAAUUUCCUAGGUGCUGGCCCUUAGUAUACCUCCCUUUUCAGCUAAAAAUACCAGAUCUCUUUUCUCACAGAUUAUAUUUGUUUUAAAAUUGUUCUCCCAUGAUCAUGCCAACCCAGAAGGUAGGUGAAAAGCUACUGUAGGCACAUUGGCUGUCCUUCCAAGUUCUUUUCGACUUUCCUCGAUUCCAUUCGGGAAGAAUCUGAAUGAAAGGGCAAAAUGCCAUCUGACACAGCAUCCAGAGCCAAGUGACUAGACUUGUCUACCUAUGUGCUUGUAAAGGACAAAAUUCCUAGGCAGGAACAUUGGAACCUGUCUGCUUUGAUCUUUCAUGUGAAUAAUCUCAGCAGCAUGCCAGUUUCUAUUUGGAUUGCCUAGCAUUAAAACAAAGCUUCCGUGUCAGUAUGGGAUGAAGGAUUUUGCUAAUCAAGGUCAAAUUCCAUUGCAACAAACAGUAUGUUGUAGGACCAAAAAGGAAAAAAAAUUGCAAGCUCCAGCCAAUAAAUCACUUAUUGCAGACGAGGUUUAGCACAACCAAAUUCUAUUUCAACAAAGGUAUUUCUGCAGUUGCUUAGAGUUUAUUAUAAUGAGAUUUGACCUUUAUCUGGACCAGUCAUAAAGAGUGACGAUGAGGAGACAAAUUAUAAUGAAGUCUAGCUCUCUUUUCUCAAGAAGAAAACUCAAGAGAAAGGACCUUAACAAAUUUCUUCCCUGAGGCUGAUAUUUAGUUGUAUAGUUCAUGAAUUGGAGAUAUUAUUCUGCCAACUUUAAUGGGAAUAAAUGCUAGGAAGUGCUUUGUCUGAAGAGAGAGCACUUACAUUUUAGCUGAUUUUAAUUGGGAAAAGUGGGAUAUGAAUUUGUAGACAUGUCAGUUCUUGAAAUCUACUGUUUAUUUUAUGGGAAGAGUGAGUGUGGUUGUGCUCAUCCAUGGGCUUAUGUGUGCAUGUACAUGCGAAUAUUUAGAUUUGGGCGCAAUCAUUUUCUUGUGAGAGCCAUGGCAAGCAUAAGGCUGACUUUAAGAACAAAAGGGGAAAAUGUUUGCUUUACAUCAAUGUACUAAAAGAUUUCAGGCACUUUAUAGAAGCCUUUGCCCUUAUGAAGAGGCUUUUUGGAAUCCACCUCCAUACAAAAUACCUUAAUUAAUAAAUUUGUUUUGCAUAUUAAUUAGUCCCACAAAAGUAUAUUUUUCAAGCGUUCAAGUUUAGGCCUGUUGCAAGCUUUUUGUAUAUUUUGAAAUGUAUUAGAUUUAAUAUGGGCUAUUAUCUUAUUUUAAGAAACAUAGAAACUCCUAUUUAAGGAACAGCCAGCUUUAUUUUUCUCACUGCCAGUCCAAGACCUUCCUUGCCAGAACCAGACCUGUGUUCAUUCUUGUCCCACUCCCGAAAAACAGUAAUGGAUUAUUGCUGUUUUAAAUAUGUUUACAAUUUUCACUUUUUGUGGUUUUCCUAAUAUUUAUGCCUAUAAUAAUACCUGUUCACAAAAAAAUCAUUUAUUUGAUUUUGUAAGUAUAAAUUUUGAAUUGGUAAUGGUCAGUGAGCUUUCUCCUUGAUUCAUUUGAUGCCUUAUGACAGUAAUUGUGUUCUUUAUCAUUGUAAAAUAAAUUUAUUUAUGAAAACAUUU